GAUGCAAUAAAUAUGGCAAGGCUAUGUGACACAGCAGGAAACAACAGGACCCUGUUCUAACUCCUCCAGAGGAAGCAUCCUUAGGUGAAGCGACACCUAAUUCCAGACUAGUGAACGCAAGAGAAAAUUCUGCUCUCCCUCUACUGGAAUCAUGAACCCGGAGGAAGAGAUGAACAGUUAUAUAACUGAUGCCAUCAAGUCCAUCCAGAACACCCUGAGCAGAGAGGAAUUGCAGACCCUGUUGACUGAUGCUGCUGCCUGGAAGAAGCUCGUGGCUGAGGCCCACUUGUCCAGGGAAGAGACGGAUUCUCUGUAUGAAGGCCUAAGCAAUCUGAGAGCAGAUACAGAAGACAUGGGACACAGGAAGAACAUGCAAGACAGUGAGCUCAUAGAAGAUAAGGAAAACAAUAAACACAAAGAAAACUUGGAUGACAUGGAGUACGAGAACUUACUCCAAAAAGAGCAAGAAUAUAGGGAAAUGUUCCUGAAAGAGUUUCCUCCCUUGAAAGUAAAACUUGAGGAGCUCAUAGCACAGUUCCGAGCUCUUGCAGACAAAGCAGACAAGGUGCAUAGGGACUGCACCAUCACCAAUGUGGUGGCCAGCUCCACUGGCAUUGUGUCUGGCAUCCUGACCAUUGUUGGUAUAGCAUUGGCACCUGUGACAGUAGGGACCAGUCUGGCACUGACAGCAACUGGCCUAGGACUGGGAGCAGCAUCCACUGUGACCAGAGUGUCUACCAGCAUUGUGAAAUACAUAACUAAGUCAUCUGUAGAAACUAAAGGCAAGUGCCUGCAAUCUGAUGGAAUCAAUUCAGUGGAAAUGGUCAUGGAAGUUAUAUGUGAUAGUGCAUCAAAAAGUCUAUCAUUAAGAGACAAUAUUAUCAAAAGUGUAGCUAGCAACAACAAGAAGGCCAAAGCCAGAGAGUUAGCCCAAAUUCACUCCAAAUUAGCAGCCCGUGCCACAAACCUCAUUGCCACUGGAACCAAUGUCUCUAUCCAAAGUAACAGGGUGAUAAAGGGAGCUAUUGAAGGAACUACUCUGGCUCUGAGCAAAGGAGUCCGGGUCCUGGGCAUGGGAGCUGCAGCUGCCUUUAUUUUGUUGGAUGUGGUCAACCUUGUGCAAGAGUCAAUUGACCUGCAUGUGAAGACAAAGACGCCAUCUGCUAAAAAUCUGAGACAGCAGGCUCAGGAACUGGAGAAAAUGCUAGAGGAGCUCAAAGAGUUCAAUUCAAGUUUGCAGAAGAUGCAAGAAACAGGGGCAUGUGCAGAGGAAAGAAGUUAAGUUCUCAGGAGUUGGGCAGUAGUGCAGCAGGUUAAGCGCAGGUGGUGCUAAGCACAAGGACUGUCUAAGGAUCCUGGUUCAACCCUGUUGGGAAAUUGUGAGGAGCCUCACAAAGCGUUAAGCCAGCCCCCCCUGCUCCACCCUUCAUUCCUGAUAUUGUGGCCUAUCUACAUAAUCAUUGUUUUGCCUGAAAAAUACCCACCCAUUCCAUUCCUUUGAUCUAUAUUUUUUCUACCCUCAAGACCCUCCCUGCCUCCAGGGUAUUAUUAAUCCCACUAGUUAAAACCCUCACAACAAUUGCUAAGGAAGUUCCUACCAUUCCAGCCUUUCUCUGCCCCUUUCCUAGCCAUUUCUGUUUCUGACUUGCCACUUCCGGGUUGGCCCUUUAAAAGCCUUGGCUCCCUGAUCAAUAAAGAUAUUGCAUUGC